AUGAGUUUGAAAGAGACAAUAAAUCAAAUCUUUUAUGAUAAUACAAAUUAUUUACACGCACAACAAGCACUUAAUCAAGCUCGAUCACUCAAAUCUUUAUCCAAUGAUUUAUACACUGAUCCACUUCGUUUUGUUUAUGAACUUGUACAAAAUUGUGAUGAUGCUUGUGAAUCAAAAUCUAUAGUACGCAUCGCCAUUUUAGAUCAUCGUUAUUUAAUCGUUGGUCAUAAUGGAAAACCAUUUGACAAGAAAGAUAUACAAAGUCUAUGCGAUAUUGGAUGUAGUACAAAAGGACAAAAUGUUCAAACAACAGGUUACAAAGGUUUAGGAUUUAAAGCUGUUUUUGGAAAAUCUGAUUAUGUAUUAAUUGUAUCGAAAGGAGAAUAUUUUCGAUUUGAAGCUAAUUCUAAAGUAUUUAAUUGGAAUCAAAAAUGGGGAACUAAUCAAAUAACAUGGGAACAAAUAAAUAAUAGAAAAUUUGAAUUUCCUUGGCAAAUAUGUCCUAUUUGGACUGAAAUAAAUGAAGUUCCUGAAUCGAUUCAAAAAUGGCUUUUAGGACAAGUUGAUACUACAGCAACUAUAAUACGUUUGAAAAACGUUGAAGAAACACAAAAUGCUGUUAAGCAACUAACAGAUCAACCUCAUGUAUUCAUGUUUCUUCGAAAUAUAAGAACUGUACGAUUUUCUCUAAAUUCUCCAAAUGAAACAAUUUUAAACAUUACUCGUCUCCGAGAUGGAUCUGUAAAAGUUAUAUAUGAUUGGAAACCCAUAUCACAUUGGUUAUUAUCGACAUGCAACAUAGAUGUUCCUGACAAUGUACGAAAUGAUUUUCGUUUACCAGAAAAACUUCAAGAAGCAAAACAAACUGAAAUGAUUCUUGCUGCAAAAAUCGAUAGAAAUGAUAAUAUUGAAAGUAUUCAAGGUCGUAAUAAUGCAUUAUUUGCUUAUCUUCCAACAAAAAUAACAACCUACAAUUUACCUAUAUUAAUCAAUGCCAAUUUCUUGACCAAUGCUAGCCGAGAACAUAUCCAUACGGAUUCAGUAUGGAAUCAAUUUCUUUUCUCUCGUAUUCCACAUGAAACGAUCAAAUGGAUUGGAAAACUUAGCAGACAAGAUAAAUGGCGUGAUAAGGCUCUUGAUCUUCUACCUAAUUCUAUUGAUGUCCAAGAUAAUCUCGCUGCAAAAUACAAUGAAAAUUGUUCAAAUGCAGCUAGAGAAGUACCUUUUGUAUUAAAUAUUUCUAAGAAGUUAUUGAAACUCAGCGAAGCUGUCAUUGAUAUAACAGGUUUUUCAAGUCCAAAUUGUAUUGGAAAUGAUUUAAUUCGUAAUUUUAUUUUACAUACUGUCUCUCCAACACCUUGUCUAGCACAAUAUCCUUUUGUUCACAAUAGUAAACGACUUCGAAAAUUUACUAUAUGUAUCUUCGACUGGGACAAAAGUUUAAAUAUGUUGAAUUCAAAUGAUUUUCAAAUGAAUUUUACCAUUGAACAAGAUAUUCAAUUUAUUUUCUAUCUAUUUUAUAAUCAAAAUCAACCACAAAUUCAAGUUCGAUUAAGAAAAUUGCCGUUUCUUAUGGAUCGCACGAGAAUACUUCGAAUGGCAAAUGAAAUUUAUAUACCAUCGCAAUUUAAUAAUGCAGAUUGGAUAGAAACAAACGAUACUGAUCCUUAUGUACAUGAUAAUAUAAUGUUAUGGUUACAAACUGAGCCUUCAGUUCUUACAUGGCUUAAAUCAUUGGGUGUCAUGGAAAAAACUGAUGAAAUAUUUAUAAAUCGAAAGAUUAUACCAAACGUGCGUAAUUAUAUAACAUUAGAAAAUGCUCUAUCGACUGUAAAAAAAUUAUUUAAUAGUUUUCAACAUGGUGAAAUACGUAAUGAUCUUCUACAGAAAUUAAAUAAACUAAAAUUAUUUUCUCUCGAAAAAACUUUAGUAUCUGCUGAUGAAUUAUAUUUUUCUGAACCAUAUUUACCUCGUCUAUCUUUAAGUAAUUUUCAUCUGGAUGAAGCAAAAUUUCUUUCUUCAAUCUAUUUAAAUGAAAUUAAAGGUUUACCAAAUAAAAUAAAACAAUUUUUUCUUUUAUUAGGUGUACAAGAAGAUAUUAAAUUGAUUCAAUAUAAUGAAGAUCAACAUAAUGAAAUUGUUUCAGCUUAUCAAUUUAAACAAACAGAAAAUCUUUUUCAAUACAAUUCAUUACAAUUUCAAUAUUGUUUAACAAUGCAAUUUCUUGAUGUUACUCAAAUAAAUUAUGAUUUUUCUCUUUACUUUUGGCAACAUGUUAUACAUUCAAUUAAUAUCAAUCAACUAAAUGAAAAAGAAAUAAUUAUUUGUAAUCAACAACCAUUUCGUAAAGUUGAUAAUUUACUCUAUUGGUUUGUACGAACACGAGCUUGUAUUCCAACUACUACGAAACAAUUAUUAAAAAGUAUAGAUGUUUUUUCAAGUGAUUUAAUAUCAAUUGCUGGUGAUUUAUUGCCUGUUUUUGCUUGUACUAUCUCUACACCAUUUUCUGUUGAUUGGCAAUAUUUUUUUCAAUUUAAAACUCAAUUUUCCAUUCAAGAUCAUAUUCAAUUAUUAAAUUUAUUGUAUGAUCGUUUAAAAAAUACUUGUCUGAAUGAUGAAAAUGAAACAUGUAUACAACGUAUCUAUACUAGUAUGAUUAAAUGUCUUUCAAAUAUUGAUAGAAAACAUAUUGAUCAAUAUCGACCAAAAGCACCUUUAUAUUUACUUAGUACAAUAAAUAAUGAAUUUCAUCUUUCAACAAAUCUUGUCAUAUCUUUAAACAAAGAUUUUACUUUGCCUAAUCAAAUUCUUCAAUUGAAAUUAAGCACAGAAAAUUCUCGUGAUAUUAAUUUAACAUAUUUUCUUGAUUUUUUUAAUAUAAGACAAAUUGGAAUCAAUCAUUUAGCAUUGCCUACUAAUAUUGGCGCACAACCUUCACUUUUCUUACGUGCAAAAUUACGUGAUAUACAAGUAUAUCUAUUUCAAUUAGCUCAUUCUCGACAUAUUACAAAUCAUUGUAUUGACUAUGAUCUGGAAAUAUUCGAAGCCGAUCGAUUGGAUUUAUACUAUAAUCAAACAAUACCUGUUUUACAAGUAUAUACUCAUGUUAUUGAUAAUCGACUAUAUGUUACACGUCCUUGGAAUUCAAAUCAAGUUAAAUCAAAAUUGCCUCAAAUUCUUUGCAAACAAUUUAAAUUACCAUCGAAUUUUGAAUUAGAUAUUCAUCAAUUUUUGUUCGAUGAAAAAACUAUUCAUUCAAUGGUAUCUAUUCUACCAGAUCCUUCAAUAGAUUUACUGAAUAUCAAUGGAACUCGUGGAAAAUUUGCUAUGAUGAUUGAUCGUGAUAAUGAACAACUUUUCAAUCAUCUAGGAAUUACAAAUACAACAAGUUCAGCUGAAAUUCUUAUCAAAGGACUUAAUGCACAACAUUCCUCACUUGCUGGCUAUGUAUAUCAUUAUACACAUUUAGAAAAUGCAGUUUCAAUUCUUCGUGAUCAUGCUAUAAAAUGUCGUAAUAAUUUAUCUUCAAAUGAUUUCAAAGAUUCUGCUGCUAAAAAUGUUAUUCUAACAACUCGUCAUGAGGUUAAAGAUUAUGUUCGUUUUUAUUUUCGAUCAUUGACACCAACACAAUAUUGUAAUGAAAAUCUUGGUUUACCAAAUCUAUCAAAACGAUAUGGUAAUCAACCAAUAUGUCCAAUACCAAUUAUUUUUCGUAUUGAUUUAACAGCUAUACUUUCUAUUGAAGAUAUUCAAUGGAAAGUUAGUUUAGGUAAUAUGGCAAGUUCUCAAACCGAAUUCAAUAAUACAUUAAAUAUUGUGAAAAAAUUUGAUUUUCAAGGUAUAUUUUCUGAUGUACAUACAGAACGUGGUAAAUAUAGUUCACAACAUGAAUUUCUUAUUAAAUCAGAAUUAAAUUUUGAUCAACUUAAACAAGAAAAUAUUACGAUUAUAUAUCAAGAUGAAAAUGCACGUUACAGUUUAGAACAUAUGAUUUCACAUAAUUACCUUUCAUCUAUUGAUACAUCAUUCUUUUAUGGUUGUAAUUCUCGAAUUAUAAUAGACUCAACUGGUUCUGCUAAUGUAAUUAAUGUGUAUAUUAAAAACGUGAAUCCAUCAACAGUUUAUGGUCAUCUCAUUUUACAACUAUCUGGUAAAAAUGAAAAUCGAACAAUCCAAGGCAAAUUGAGUGCAUCUUUUCAACGUGGCAACAUAUCAACCGUUUAUUCAACUGAACAAUUCUCAUUUAUUGCUAAUAUGAAUGAUAUACAAUAUGCUAUCUAUUAUGAAUAUGAAAAUCAAGUGUGGCUUAUUCAUACAAAUUCGUCUCAAACACAUUUUAUUUCACCAACAUAG